CACGUAAAAUGUCUGGGAAAAACGUAUUCGAUUCUCAAUUCCACAUCGGUGUCCACAAAGUGCGGUCGUACGGAAAAAGGCAACAAGGAAAACAUGGCAACGGAUAACUUGACUGCUGUUCUUCAUGGCAUUGAGGAUUUGCGUUUGGAACAACGCCCCAUUCCAGAAAUAGCCAGCGAUGAGGUGCUACUGGCCAUGGACAGUGUUGGCAUUUGCGGCUCGGAUGUCCACUAUCUCACUGCUGGACGCAUUGGCGACUUUGUGGUGACCAAGCCCAUGGUCAUUGGACACGAGGCUGCCGGUGUGGUGGCCAAGGUGGGCAAGUGCGUAAGGAAUUUGGCUGUGGGCGAUCGCGUGGCCAUUGAGCCGGGUGUACCCUGCCGACACUGCGAUCACUGCAAGCAGGGCAAGUACAAUCUCUGCGCCGAUAUGGUGUUCUGUGCCACGCCCCCAUACGAUGGCAACCUAACGCGCUUCUACAAACAUGCGGCGGACUUUUGCUACAAGCUGCCGGAUCAUGUCAGCAUGGAGGAGGGCGCACUCUUGGAGCCCCUCUCAGUCGGUGUUCACGCCUGUCGCCGUGCCGAGGUUGGCCUGGGCUCGAAGGUGCUCAUCCUGGGCGCUGGACCCAUCGGUCUGGUUACGCUUCUGGCUGCUCAAGCCAUGGGAGCUUCCGAGAUUUUGAUCACGGAUUUAGUGCAGCAGCGUCUGGAUGUGGCCAAGGAGCUGGGCGCCACACACACCCUGCUGCUGGACAGGGAACAGAGUGCCGAGGAGACGGUCAAAAGAGUCCAUUGUACCAUGAGCGAGGCACCUGACAAGGCCGUCGACUGCUGUGGCGCUGAGAGCAGUGCCCGUCUGGCAAUCUUCGCUACACGUUCCGGCGGUGUUGUUGUUAUUGUGGGCAUGGGAGCACCAGAGAUAAAGCUACCUUUGAUCAAUGCCCUGGCACGUGAGGUUGACAUACGUGGAGUCUUUCGCUACUGCAACGACUAUCCGGCUGCUCUGGCUCUGGUGGCAUCGGGUAAAGUCAAUGUUAAGCGUCUGGUAACGCAUCACUUUGACAUCACGGAGACGGCAAAGGCCUUUGAGACCUCUCGCUACGGCCAUGGUGGGGCCAUCAAAGUCAUGAUACACGUCCAGCCCAGAGAUGCCAACAAUUCAGUUAAAUUUUGAACCUAUUAAAUUCUAAAAU